ACUUUACAGUUGUUUUUACACAAAGCUGCUCAGAAAGACCAUUCAUAAUAAUUUAACAAAAUAUUUCCUUGGUUUAAUUGUUUUUUUCUAUAUGAUUAAUUUUAUUUUCACAGUUUUAUUGUUUUCUCUUUUACUAAAGUGAAAAUUGACGUAAAUUGAAGUUUAAGUACUCGCUGAGUACUUUAAAAAUUUGUUUAUUCUGUGACCUUAGCUUUUCCUUUUACAAGAGCUUUUUUAGCUUUGUUGUUUUGUGGAAGUUACUAAAGGCAGUCCAAUGGCGUCUUCAUCACUAAAUUAUGGAGGCCCUAAAAAGCAUGGAUUCAGCCUGGGACGUUUUUCUCUUCGACGAUUACUCAACGCAACAGCUUUAGGGCGUACUGUAGGUUCUGGAAGCAAAGCUCGCACCGUAAGAGAUUAUCAUCUUGAGGACACUUUGAAACCCGAGGCUUACAAUUCACCUAUCGAUGUUGAAUCAAGUGGAAAUAGUGAUACAAAUUCUGUGCAUUUUAACUAUCCUCACGCUGGAUCCAGCCUUUCACCAGGAACUGUGACCUCCAACCUAAAAUCUAAAUCUCCAGCCUCAAUUAUUGGAGCAAUGGCAUCACCAGGCUCAGCUUCUACUGCAACAUCCCUGGAGUGUCCUUUAUGCCUUCUCGAAUUACCUCUGGACUGUUUUCCAUUGUUGACGACCUGUUCACAUCGUGCCUGCCACAGCUGUCUUCAACAAUACCUCAAGAUUGAAAUUUCUGAAAGUCGAAUCAACAUAUCGUGCCCCGAGUGUACUGAGCCUAUCCAUCCAAAUGAUAUCAAAGCUAUCCUCGCCGAUGAAAAUUACAUCACAAAAUACGAGAAUUUUAUGCUGCGUCGUGUCCUCGUUACUGAGCCUGAUGCUCGCUGGUGUCCAGCUCCUGAUUGUGAUUAUGUUGUGAUUGCUUCUGGCUGUGCAAGCUGUCCUAAAUUGAGAUGUUGCAGGCCUGGCUGUGAAACAUCUUUUUGUUAUCAUUGUAAACAAGAGUGGCACCCAAACUUAACUUGUGAUAGUGCUCGUAUCAUGCGAAACAAGGAUCAACAACUUCAUCAAAGUUAUCGAGCUCGUCUAUCUUCACUCACAUCUAGUCACGACUCCAUCAGACCCCGUGAUGAUGUCAAACCUUGCCCAUCUUGUCGCGUGUCCAUUAUUAAGAUAGACGAUGGUUCAUGUAACCAUAUGACAUGCAGUGUCUGCGGUGCCGAAUUUUGUUGGCUAUGCAUGAAACGAAUCGGUGAUCUUCAUUUUCUCUCACCAUCAGGAUGUACUUUCUGGGGUAAAAAGCCUUGGUCAAGGAAGAAAAAAAUUAUGUGGCAACUUGGUAUGCUAGUUGGUGCUCCUGUGGGCAUAGCACUUAUCGCUGGAAUAGCUGUCCCUGCUAUCAUAAUAGGUGUUCCUGUAUGGGUUGGACGAACACUUCAUGCUCGUUUCGCGAAGCAAUCAAUGAACCAACAUAAAAAGAAUCUCCUGGUUACUUCUGGUGUUGUAACUUCCGUACUAAUAUCUCCAAUAUUGACCGCUGUUGCCAUAGGUAUUGGUGUACCAAUACUUUUAGCCUAUGUGUACGGAGUUGUACCAAUAUCGCUGUGUCGAUCAGGAGGCUGUGGCAUAACCACUUCAUCAUCCGGUGUCCGUUUUGAUUUGAACGAUGAAGAGAUUGAAAUAGAACUUGCUUCAGCAACAUUUUCUCCUGAUGGGUUGAGUGUUGAUACAGCAGUUAGCAAUAAAGGGGUUAACCCAAGUAUCGGUGAAGUAUCUUUUGGACUGUCCACCAGUUUAAGCAUUGGUGGCAGUGGCUGUCAUCUUGAUAAAAUGUCCAUCGAUCGAGAUGCUUCCAAUGCUGCUCUAGCUGGAAGUAUUACUGGUUCAUCUAAGAUGCAGGAAACACUUUCAAUGGGCGGUCCAUCGUCAAAUAAAAGAUUUAGCGUAACAAGUAGUGAACAUCAAAGUGAAACUGCCUCAAAUACAAUUAGCUUUAGUGAAAGAUGUUCAACCAAUUUGUCACUUGGAGAUGAUGCAUCAACAAAAGCUCUUGCUGGAUCUAUCGUCGGAUAUAAAGAUGUAUGUAUUGGGACUACGCCAAAUGGGGUUAAUGCAGUAACACCAGUUGAAAUUCACGUCAUUGAAUCAGAAACUAUUCAUUGUAUCGGAAAAAGUUGUCUUUGUGAAGAUGCUUUGAGCACUAAAAGUGCUAAAAUGAGUGGUGAAACAAAAAACCAUUCCGAUAUGGGAGCUUCCAGUAGUGAUAACAAUGGAAAUGGAUCCAAAUGUGUUUCAUUUCAACCUGUUGGAUCUAAAGGAAAAUUGAAUAAAUACGAGUCAAGAUCAUGUGAACAAUUGGCCAAUUAUUGUAUUAUAUGUGAUCAAAUUCAUAGGCCCUGUUGUCCUGCUUAUGUUGUAAAACUUUCCAUGCAAACAAAUGAACAAAGGCAAUCAACAUCACCAGCCAAUCAAACCUCAUCAUCUCUUUCAGCUUCAAAGAUGACAACAACAUCAAUAGCAAAUACUUCCUUAUCACCAGCCACUUCUUCAUCCUCUUCUAAUUCAAAAGAUUAUUCGUCGAUGAAUAGUCCUUUGAGUGAUCAAACUUUCACCAUUUCACCAUCUUGUUCAUCCUUUUCCUCAUACUCUUACCCGAAUCAACCUCAACGGAAAGAAAGUAUUAAAUCAACAACUUCAGAUACAACACCGAAUCAGGGAAAAAUGUUUGAACGUCUGAAAAGUUUUGAGAGAUCAAAAAAUUUUAGCAAAAACAUUGAUUCAACUAAACUCGCCAGUCUACCAAACUCCCCUUCAUCUAUUGGAAAUAUGUAAAUUACAAAAAAAUAGCAAAAAAUAUAUAAAUAUAUAAAUACAUAUAUAAAUAUAAAUAUGAAUAUAUAUAUAUAAAUAUAAAUAUAUAUAGGCAAGUUUAUUUGAACAGAUCGAUGUUAACGCGUUAUUGUGCUUACCAGGAAUGAAACAACCAAAGUAACCAAAGCCUCACCAAAAGUGACUCAAUUCAACUUGUCGAAAUGCGAAAAUGAACCCGGAAAAUACUUUCAUCAUUUCAUCUUGCAUCCUUUUCAUCUUCUUACCCCAUCAUUUACCCUUUUCUUUACAUUUCUACAUGUAUUUCUAUUCUACUAUCUUCUCUGUCCUUUUUACAUCUACACCAAUUCAUCUUAUUCCCAUUUGAAGUGAUAGCUUCGAGUUUCCAGAUUCGAUGACUAAUAGAAUCAUUCUAUCUGUAAAUUUUUUGUACAAAAAAUUCAACAAAUCUAGGUGAAUACAGAUGCUUUAUACGUAAAUAUUGUAUACAUAUAUAUCAGCUGAGUAUGUAUUUAUACAUACAAGUCUUUUAUAUCAUGAAAGGAACGGCGAUAAAUAAUAACACGACACAAUAACAACUAAACGUUUUAACAUAAUCUAAAUAAUUUUACAUAAUAUAUGAGAACUCAUUUUACGAAUUCUCUUUUUUAAAGACAUGUAAAUCUUUUAUGUAAUAACAAGUCAUCUAAAUGAAAA